CUACCCUAUUAUUAAAGAAGGGGAGAAACCCUCCUUCCGUCCUCCUCUCGGUCGCUCGCACAGCUUAGCGUUUCCUCUAUCCUAGAGCGAGAGAAGACGGUCUCUUGCUCAUUCGAUCGAUUCCUGUAAGGAUGGCGACUCAGAUAAGCAAGAAGCGAAAGUUCGUCGCGGAUGGAGUCUUCUACGCGGAGUUGAACGAGGUGCUGACGAGGGAACUGGCGGAAGACGGAUACUCCGGCGUUGAGGUUAGGGUCACUCCCAUGCGUACCGAGAUCAUCAUCAGGGCCACCAGGACGCAGAACGUACUAGGUGAGAAGGGCCGCAGGAUCAGGGAGCUGACCUCCGUCGUCCAGAAGCGGUUCAGUUUCCCGGAGGGGAGCGUGGAGCUGUACGCCGAGAAGGUGAACAACAGAGGCCUCUGCGCCAUCGCGCAGGCAGAGUCCCUACGUUACAAGCUUCUUGGAGGCCUUGCUGUUAGGAGGGCUUGCUAUGGUGUCCUACGCUUCGUCAUGGAAAGCGGAGCUAAAGGAUGUGAGGUUAUUGUGAGCGGAAAACUCAGAGCACAACGAGCGAAGUCAAUGAAGUUCAAGGACGGCUAUAUGAUUUCAUCUGGACAGCCUGUUAAUGAGUAUAUUGAUUCAGCUGUCAGACACGUUUUGCUAAGACAGGGAGUGCUUGGAAUUAAGGUUAAGAUCAUGUUGGACUGGGAUCCGAAGGGCAAGCAGGGUCCAACUACGCCUCUUCCUGACCUUGUUACCAUCCACACCCCCAAAGAGGAUGAGGAGCUUACCCGGCCCUCAGUGAUGGGCGUGGAAGUGAUGGGCGUGGAGCUUGAUGUUGGAGCUUGAAGGAUUUGCCAGAAGGAUGAACGUUUAAAUCUGAUGGGCAGCAGAAUUUUGCUGCAUGUCUCAUGAGUGCGAAUUUCCUUUCUUUUUAUUUUGUACUGGGUUCUUUUGAUUAAAUGGUUAAUAUUAAUAGGAACGAAGGCAUAACGUUGGUGACCAUACAAAACAGUAAAUGUGAGGUGAUGCCAUUUUUUGCUUUUUCCUGGUUAUCUUAACCAUUUCAUUUUUGUGGAGGCUUGAGAUUUGUAUGGAGAUACUUGCUAGCUGUAUUUAUUAUUGACUUCACUAGUUAUUCGUCAGCUGUUUCUGCGACAGCCUUAGGUA